AUGGGACGCCUCGACAGCAAGAUAGCCAUCGUGACAGGAGCUGCUUCGGGUUUCGGCCAGGGAAUUGCUGAGCACUAUGCCGAAGAGGGUGCGAAGGUCCUGCUUUGUGACAUCAACCGCGAGGCUGGUGAGAAGCUUGCUGAGACUUCAGAUGCAUUCGCAUUCCAGGAAAUGAACGUCACUAAGGCCGAUGACUGGAAAGCAGCAAUCGAUAAAGCUGUCCAGCUCUGGGGCAAGGUCGACAUCUUGGUAAACAAUGCGGGGACCAGCUACACGAACAAGAGCACCCAUGAAGUGACCGAAGACGAGUUUGAGAAGGUCAUGGCUGUCAACGUGAAGAGCGUCUUCCUGGGCAGCAACGCCUUUAUCAUCCAGGCUAAAAGGCAAGGAACCGGUGGCUGCAUUGUCAACAUCGCGUCUGUGGGUGCCCAUCGUCCACGACCAGGUUUGGUCUGGUACAAUGCAUCCAAAGGCGCCAUUGCCAAUGCGACGAUGGGUCUGGCUGCAGAAUAUGGACCAGAUGGCAUCAGAGUGAAUUCCAUCUGCCCUUUAGCCACCAUGACGGGUUUACUUUCCACAUUCAUUGGCAAGGAGAUCACACCAGAUGUGGUAAAGGCACUUGGCGCCGUACCACUUGGAAGAAUGGGCCAGAUCCGCGACGUGACCAACGCAGCAGUCUUUUUAGCUAGCCAGGAAGCUUCCUUUAUCACCGGCGUCAACCUUGACGUGGAUGGCGGCCGUGCUAUUUGA